GAGAGGUGCCUUAUAACUGGGGACUUGGAAGUCCCCCGCGCGUGAACUCGGCGCGGGGCGCGGCGCGGAGCGGAGUGGCCGGGCUGCGGGGGGCUCGGCUCGGCUCGGCAUAGCUCGGCUCGGCUCUGCUCUCCUCUCCUCUCACACGCAGCCAUGGAGUUGAACUCUCUGUUAAUUCUCCUGGAAGCGGCCGAGUACUUGGAGAGAAGAGACCGAGCGUUCCUGCAAAGGAGGAAAAAAAUGCAUGGAAAAAAUAUAUUGCCACUAAUGCUGACUUUGUCCCUAGAAGCAGAACAUGGCUAUGCAUCAGUGUUACCCUUCGAUAGUGACUAUUCCAGAAAGAAAACAAAGGCAGGCUCCAUGGCCAGAAAGUCCCCGAAUAACAGGUACGGCAGCGAGACGGUACCGAAGUGGGCUCGACCCGAUGCUGGAGCCCGGCCAACGCGUGCCGCUGUCACACCGCGUGGCCCGUGGUGGCCGUCGCCUGCCUCGUCGUGCCGUCGCCUGUUGUGUUGUUUUUUUUUCCCCGCAGCGCUACCUGUGCUGCGAUGGCAUUAGAGGAGGGCGGCUGCGCGCAGGCUCUCUGCAGCUUUGUUUGCUGCUCCGGCAGUGGCUGUGUACGUGCAGGAGGCUGUCUUACGGGGACGGUGCCGGCCCCCGCCUGGGAACUCCUCCAGCCCUCGCUCUGCUGCUCUGCUCCGCGCUGCUCGGCUCUUCCAGUGCUGUUCCGGAGUCGCUGUGCCCGGCUGGGCCUGGCCCCACCGCCGGCUCCGCUGGGCACGGUGCUUCCUCUGGAAUAGCCUAAGGUGAACUCCGCUUGCACGUGACUUGUUUUGCAAAGCGGCUGUGAGCUCGGUGGGCCCGCGCUGCUCUCGCUCCCCUAGCAGGGAUCCUGCAGGGUGCCCGAGAUGCAGACUGAAAUCAGAAGCUGGCAGCUGAAUCCCUGGGAAGGCAGAGCUGGCCCCCUGCUCCUGCCCACCUCAGCUUCUAGAGGAGGCUGCUUGUUCCCUGUCCCCUGCUGUAUGUCAGGCACACGCUGCUGCCUUCUCACUGCAGCACUCGGUCGUAGUUUUGGGUUCAGUUGAAUUCUUUGUCUCAUUUCAGAGUAUGGAGAUCUCAGUUCAUUUUAGAGAGUCAUCAGGAGUGGGAGAUGUUUCCUGAGACUCUGCUCCUGGAGAUUUCUAGCUUUUUACUCACAAAGGAUUCUGACUGCCUCUUGAAACAAAUUCACGGUUAAUGAAUUUAAGGGCUCCUAGGAUUUCCCACCGCAAAGCGCUCGUUGCACCUUAGGGACUGUUUGUGUCUCAUGAGUUUGGGAAAGCUGUUUACUUAGAGAGCUAUUAUUCCAUCGUUUCCUU